GAGUACUAAAGGGACAAAGAACCGCUGCUUCUCAUCUCAUCCUCUCCAACAGGUUGGACACCUCAAGUCUGCGUUUUAGGAGAGGGUACUGCUUGUUUUCUUCUGCCAAGAUAACUGUCCUUUCCUCCCCUGUCCUACAUCAUGCUGCAGCCGGCUAUCAUCCACUGUUUGUUAUCCUCUUUGCUGUGCAUGUGGGCACUUUGCAAUGCCCAGUCAGACUCUAGCACCUCUGUGAUCCAGCUGCGUCUGGCUGGGGAGAAGCGGAAACACUAUGAAGGUCGCGUGGAAGUUUUCUACAAUGGGGAGUGGGGGACAGUGUGUGAUGAUGACUUCUCCAUUUACGCUGCUCAAGUGGUGUGCAGAGAACUUGGCUUUCUGGAUGCUGAGUCCUGGGCCCCCUCAGCCAAGUACGGAAAAGGAGAAGGUCGUAUCUGGCUAGACAAUUUGCACUGCAAUGGUAGAGAGAAGAGUCUGGCUCAGUGUGAGUCCAACGGCUUUGGAGUGACUGACUGCAAGCAUUCAGAAGAUGUUGGGGUGGUGUGCAACCAGAAGCGCAUUCCAGGCUACAAGUUCAUCCGGACUCAGGCUAUCAACGACAUGAGUUUGACUGUGCAGGUGGAGGACGUGAGGAUCAGGGCUACGUACUCUCAAAGGAAAAGGAUUCCCAUCUCUGAGGGCUUUUUGGAGGUGAAAGAUGGAGGCAAAUGGAGGCAGAUCUGUAGUGAGGACUGGACGGAGAUGAACAGCAGGGUGAUCUGUGGCAUGUACGGCUUCCCUGUGGAGAAACGUUUCAACACCCGACCCUACAAAUUGCUGGCCAAUCGUCGCAAGAAGAACUACUGGGGCUUCUCCGUCAACUGCACAGGCAACGAGGCUGAUCUGUCCGAGUGCAAACUGGGCCGGGAGAUAGUGAUGAACGGCAACAACACUUGUGAGCAGGGCAUGCCUGUAGUGGUCAGCUGUGUGCCUGGACGUGCCUUUGCUCCCAGCGUCAGUGCUGGCUUCAGGAAGGCCUACAGGGUGGAGCAACCCUUGGUGCGUCUGAAAGGUGGAGCUAUGAUAGGUGAAGGUCGAGUGGAGGUGUUGAAGAAUGGCGAGUGGGGGACAGUGUGUGAUGACAACUGGAACAUUCGAGCUGCCACUGUGGUGUGUCGAGAGCUGGGGUUCGGCAGUGCCAAAGAGGCCUUGACUGGCGCCCGAAUGGGACAAGGGAUUGGGCCUGUCCACAUGAACGAAGUGGAGUGCUCUGGAUUUGAAAAGUCUUUGACUGAGUGCCACUUCAACCGUGAAGCAGUGAAUUGCAACCAUGAUGAAGAUGCAGCAGUCAAGUGUAACAUUCCUGCCAUGGGCUUUAACAAUAGACUUCGAUUAAGUGGCGGUCGUAAUCCCUUUGAGGGCCGUGUGGAGGUCCUGGCAGAGAGGAACGGCUCUCUGGUGUGGGGCACGGUGUGCAGUGACAGCUGGGGGACUGUGGAGGCCAUGGUUGUGUGCAGACAGCUGGGUUUGGGCUUUGCCAGCCACGCUUUCCAGGAAACAUGGUACUGGGAAGGAGAUAAAUCUGCUGAUGGCAUAGUGAUGAGUGGAGUGAGAUGUUCAGGGACUGAGCUGACUCUGGAUCAGUGUCUUCAUCAUGGGAAACACGUUCAUUGUCCCAGAGGAGGAGGACGCUUUGCUGCUGGGGUCUCCUGUACUCGCACGGCCCCAGACCUGGUCCUGAAUGCCCAGCAUGUGGAGCAGACCAGCUACCUGGAGGACAGGCCCAUGUAUGUGCUAAAGUGUGCCCAGGAGGAGGGAUGUCUGUCCUCUAGUGCAGUCAAGGCCGAUGCCAGCUCCUACCGCCGCCUUCUCCGCUUCUCCUCUCAGAUCCAAAACAAUGGCCAGUCAGACUUCAGGCCACUGUCUGGACCCCAGUCCUGGGUCUGGCAUGAAUGCCACAGACAUUACCACAGUAUGGAGGUUUUCACCCACUAUGACUUGAUGAGUCUGAAUGGCACAAAAGUGGCAGAGGGACACAAAGCCAGUUUCUGUCUAGAGGACACCCAUUGUGAGGAAGGUAUUCAGAAGAGGUACGAAUGUGCCAACUUUGGAGCACAGGGCAUUACAGUUGGCUGCUCGGACACCUACAGACAUGACAUCGACUGUCAGUGGAUCGACAUCACAGACGUGAAGCCUGGUGACUACAUCUUACAGGUUGUGAUAAAUCCCAACUUCGAGGUUGCAGAAUCAGAUUAUACCAACAAUGUUAUGAAGUGCCGCAGCCGGUAUGAUGGACAGCGGAUAUGGACAUACAACUGUCAUAUAGGUGGCUCACUCAAUUCAGAAACAGAAGAAAUGUUCCCUGGUUUGCUGACCAACCAGCUGUCACACAGGUAGACCUCAAGAUGGACAACACAGAUGGAUGAACUUUAGGGAAGCUUAUAUUAAUAUUUGACAACCACUAGAGGGGGCUGUACUGAUUUGCUUCCUUGGAGGAUUGCUGGAUUGUUGUUGAGAUGAGGGCUCAACUAGUACAAUGGACAAUUAUUCAAUUGGAAAAUGAACUGCUUGCUAGAAAUCUAUUAACCACAUUCUGCUCUACAAAACUGAUACUAUGUCUUAUUGUCUCUUGCCUUUGUUGUAUGUGAAAUGUAGAUUUUUGACCUGGUGCUUAUUUGGAAAGAUGUCAGGUAUAAAUGCUGCCAAAUAACAUUUAAAAUUGUCAACAAUUGCCCUCUUUGUUAGAUUGUGAAAGGCAAAAGACCUCAAACUAAAAGCCUUUACAUGAAACAUUCACCGUAAUUUGUUUGCGAAAGAUAACAAAUAUUUUGGUGCUACAACUGAUCAUCACCUUUCCCUAAAAAUGUUAUCCCAAAACAGUUGAACUGAAGGGGAGGUGUAUGAAUUGUGUACAUUUAUACUGUGUUGGACAGUGAAUGGCUUUAAAUUCAGAUCAACCUCGUUCUAUGGCAACAGCAAAACUGACAAGACAAAUAAUUCCUGCUCGAAUGACUGUAUUAAACUUUCUACAAAUGAUGACAACUGCAAUACAGGGCACCAGAUGGUGAACGGUCUAUCCGAGUGAGCUAUGAACAAUAAUUUGGUUUUGUUUCCUGUACUAUUUCUGAGAAUCUGUAAAGAUGUUCAGCCAUACAUUGAAGUCAGAAUAAAGCUGACUGGGGAAGUGCUUUUUUCCUUUCCAGGUUUAAUGUUCCAUAUACUUGAGACUUUUGAAAAUGCUUUAUUUAUUGUUGAUUUUUCUUGGUCACUAUAGCAAACUCACAUUUUCACCUUCAUAAUAUGCACAUCCCCUCAGCUUCUUUCUCAAUGUCUUGAGUUUUGUUAAAUUAUUACCGUCAGGGACAAUUGUAACAUUGUGGAUGUACUGUAAAAGCCAAAAAUGUAUGUGAAAGUGCCUCUCCGUUGUUUUGUAAAUUAGUUUUUUAUGUGGCAAAUUAAGGACCCUUCAUUUUAAAGGGCAGUUUCUACUGUGUAUGCAUGGGUGAAUGUGGAAAUGCAUUACAUUUCCUGUAAUAAAGAAUGGUGAACGCA